AUGUACUUGAAAAACGUGCGUUAUGCGGUGUUCGGGUGCGGGAAUAGGGAGUAUGGGGAUAACUUCAACCGAGCGGGGCGAGAGUUGGACGCGCAGUUGGCGCGCAUGGGGGGCGAACGCUUGGCGCGACGGUGCGACGGGGAUGAAGCGAGCGGACGGAUGGAGAAGCAGUUCGAGGAGUGGGGGGAAAAAGUUAUCCGUCGGUUGUCAAAUUCUACCGCAUCGAGCGGGGACGAUGCAGCGCACUCGCGCGUCGGUGUGGCGGAAGAACGGGACCAGUCUGAAUACGCGAGCGAGGGCGAAGACGACGAGGGGGGGGCGAGCGCGGCAGGGAGCGAGGAUGGUCAAGAUAUGGAGGACAUCGCCGAAGGUGAGGGUGGAGAAAAGAAAGAAAUGGUGACUGAUGCUUUGCGUGGGGCGCUCACGAAGCAAGGUUACAAGAUUCUUGGAUCUCACUCGGGCGUGAAACUUUGUCGAUGGACCAAGGCGAUGCUUCGCGGCAGAGGAGGUUGCUACAAACACACUUUCUACGGCAUCGAAAGUCAUCGAUGCAUGGAAACGACGCCGUCGCUUGCGUGUGCGAAUAAGUGUACAUUUUGUUGGCGGCAUCACACGAAUCCUGUCGGGAAAACGUGGCGUUGGCAGAUGGACGAUCCCUUGGAACUUGUCGAAGCCGCGGUUUCCGAGCAUUGCAAGAUGGUGAAGCAAAUGAAGGGGGUGCCAGGCGUUUUGCCCGAGAAGCUCGAAGAGGGUAUGAAUCCCAAACAUUGUGCAUUGUCUCUAGUCGGUGAACCAAUCAUGUACCCUGAGAUUGGAAAGUUUGUAAGCGAGUUGCACUCGCGAAAAAUCAGCACGUUUUUGGUGACGAAUGCACAAUUCCCUGAGGCAAUCACAAACUUGCCUCCAAUAACGCAACUAUACGUCUCUGUCGACGCCGCAACGCCAGAGACCUUGAAAGCAAUCGAUAGACCGCUAUUUGCAGACUACUGGGAUCGUUUCAUUGGUUCUUUGACAUCCUUAAAGGAUAAACAACAGCGAACUGUCUACCGCUUGACACUCGUCUCGGGAUGGAACAUGGAAGAAGUUGCGGCGUACGCCAAGUUGAUAGACCUCGGCCAACCCGAUUUUAUCGAGAUCAAAGGCGUGACAUACUGUGGAAGUAGUGAUGCAUCGUCACUCACGAUGAAAAACGUCCCUUAUCACAAGGAUGUGUGUGAAUUUGGCGAGGCUAUUGUCAAUCUUCGUCGACGCGAAAACGGCGAGGAAGAAUACGGCUUGGCGUGCGAGCACGCGCAUUCUUGCUGCAUCUUGCUUGCUCGAACAGACAGGUACAAAAUAGAUGACGAGUGGUACACAUGGAUUGAUUAUGACAAAUUUCAAACCCUCGUAGCGAGUGGAGAAAAGUUCAAAGCGCUCGACUAUAUCGAGCGGACGCCGAGCUGGGCGACGUAUGGCGCGGAAGAAGCAGGAUUUGACCCAGAGCAAACGCGCCAUCGUAAAGUUCGUAAUCACCCAGGGAAGUUAACGAGCGACGAACCGCCAGAAUAG